AUGACACACCAAGCACAUGCAUACCACAUAGUAGACCAAAGUCCUUGACCUUUAACAGGGGCAAUUGCUGCCCUACUAAUGACCUCAGGUUUAGCUAUCUGAUUUCAUUAUAACUCUUUUAUUCUACUCUCUAUUGGAUUUUUAUUACUACUACUUACAAUAAUUCAAUGAUGACGAGAUGUAAUUCGAGAAAGUACUUUCCAAGGCCAUCAUUCACUACCUGUUCAAAAAGGAUUACGAUGAGGUAUAAUCCUAUUUAUUACCUCUGAAGUAUUCUUCUUUUUAGGUUUCUUUUGAGCAUUCUACCACUCUAGUUUAGCCCCAACUCCUGAAUUAGGAAAUUGUUGACCUCCAACAGGAAUUUUACCACUUAAUCCAUUUGAAGUUCCCCUUCUUAAUACAGCUAUUCUACUAGCUUCAGGUGUUACUAUCACAUGAGCACACCAUAGCCUAAUAGAAGGCUCUCGAAAAGAAAUAACACAAGCCCUUACUCUAACUGUAAUCUUGGGUGUUUACUUUACUCUACUUCAAGCUAUAGAAUAUUAUGAAGCACCUUUUACAAUUUCUGAUGGUGUAUAUGGAUCCACAUUCUUUGUAGCUACUGGUUUCCACGGCUUACAUGUGAUUAUUGGUACAACAUUUCUUGCAGUUUGUUUAAUACGACAAAUUCAAUUUCACUUUACUUCAAUACAUCAUUUUGGUUUUGAAGCUGCUGCAUGGUAUUGACACUUUGUAGAUGUUGUUUGACUUUUCCUUUAUGUAUCAAUCUAUUGAUGAGGCUCAUAA